GGGAAAGUCCGAAUCGGAAGACACAGAGUAGUCUGUAUCAUAACGGGGGCUAGCUUUUUUUUUUUCUAUCAGAGCUCCGGACCGUCAUUCUAGUUGAAUUUCUCGGCCCGGGACCCGAAGCGCGUCUGUGGGAAAACGCGGGAAUUUUUUUUUGUGCAAUUGCCAUGAACAUGCUUCGGCUUAGUUUUUCCCUUCGCCGUCUGCGGAGACCCCACACCCCCUAUGCCUCUUACGCUACUGCAGCGGCCGAGUCUCCAUCUCUCCGUCGUACAGUCCGUGUCGAAAAUCUCCCGGAAGGAUACAAUGUCAGCGACAUUGUCGACACUGUAAAAGCCAACCCGGCAGAGGCGAUAAUACCCGCGAAAGAUCAUCUCCUCGUCCGGUUCUUUGAUGAAGGAACUGCCAGGUGCUGCGUCGAGGCUAACAAAGAGCUGUCAUUAAAAAUCGACGAUUCGACUUCACCGGCACUAGACACCCAGACUGUCGCCUUGCUCGCGAAAUACAACGCCUCGCGCACGCUACGGCUGCUCAAACUCCCAGAGAGCUUCACCGAAUCUCAAUUCAACGAGAUCCUCUCCUCGUGCGGAGGAGUCUCUUCGGGCCUUGACAGAUCCGAAGGGGGUCUCACCGAAGUUCAGUUUUUGGAUGUACACCAGGCGGACAAGGCGCGGAUUGAAUUUGCCAAGGCUGGAACCGCGCCGAGGUAUAUCGAAGCCGAGCACCUCAGUUAUCCAGAGUGGUACUCGAAGGACGAUACGCAGCCCAACCAAGAACGCCUCGUAAAGAUCGAAGGCAUUGCGGACCCGCAGACCCUCCAAAUGUGCAUUGACUGGACCGACAAUUACAACGAAAUUGCACCAGCGUCAUUCAUCACGGCCCGUUUCGUCAACCAAAAACAAAUACUGGUUUAUUUCGCAACAUCGACAUUGGCUCGACAAUUCAUCAGCAUAUGCGAGCCCUUGGCGCAGGAAAAAUGCACCAUGUCUUUGCAAACCUCAGAUCGGACUGUCGCUCCUGGUGUACUCACCGCCCUCGGCGUUGGGGCACGGCGAAUAAUAGCUUUUCCCUUCACCAAAGACCUGCCAGAAGAAAGGCGACUAGCACUGGGACGCUUCUUAUACCGCUUUGGCGGACUACACUUAAAGGGUGUCAUGCAUACUGAAGGACAGUUGAUCAUUCCCUUCGCCACCGUGGUCGGUGCUGCGAACCUUGUCUAUCCAAUGUAUCGAUAUCCGAAAGGAAUGAAGUUACCAGCCGAACUCGAUGGUCUUCAGCCAACCUUCGUUGGAACUCGUCAUUCGUAAUAGUUGCAUGUUUUUUAUGUGCGUAAUACAAGUCUAUCUGUACCUUGAAGAUGCCGCACGAAGACACUACAAUAAAGAAGUCGUAUUAUAGCUGUGGCAUAUCAGUAUAGACUUUUGACUAAACCUAAU